AUGAGUGGCAGCAUGCUUUGGGAUCCUGGAAUCUCAUUAACGCUCCAGCAGAGGGUUCUUGAGCCGCUCCAGCUCACUAUGGCCACGGAAGAAAAGGCGAAGCGAUCGACAGCAGGAUCGUGGAAAUCCUUCCUGGGAAAUUUGUCGGCGCGCUGUUAUUUGGAGAGCUGCGGGACAAUUGCCGAUUUCAGCUACAUUGAUUUUCUCAAAUUUUCGGAGAGUCAACGUUUAACGAAGGACCAAUGUGAGGCACAGUGGAAUGAAGCUAUUGACCGGCUAAUGUCCAGUAGCCACAAAGGCCUUCAGAAGAAGGCUAUAUCCUUGAAAAAGCAGUGGAAGAACAAGACCCAUUCCGAUGAUGCAGACGUGUUCUGGUCCAAAGUCAAGCGGAAGCGUGGACUCGAUAAAGGAACUCUGGAAGUUCAAGCAGUCGUUGAUUCACUUUGGAACAAGCGUGUCCGGGAAGAGUUCGAGCGAGAGAUGAGCAAUAUCGCUGAUGAGAUAAAUGAAGCAUCAGCAAGUUCUGGUACCAACUUUCUUAUGCCGCGACAGAAGACUCGAAUGGUAGAACGCACCAAUGUUCCUGCUGCAGCCUGGCCUCUGGACCAUAUGCUCGGCCAAGACUCUUUACAUUCGUCAUACGUUUCGGGAGCAGAUCCAUCUGAUGAGUCACGCCCGUCCUCUGACCUUCUCCGCACACCACUUCAAUCACCAACACUCUCGGAGCCAGCUAGCCCGGUCCGGCCUUUUGUGUUGCCAUUGGAAGAUAAAGAUGAAGACGAAGAGCCAGUCCUCACUACCGUAGCAAACCAGCACCACAGGGAUGACUCCGAUAGCGUUUUUACCAGUGCAACUGAGCAUCAGCAUCGGGAAUAUCUUUUGCAAAUACUUCAUGACGGAAAGCAACUUCCUCGUAACUGCAACCGUCCGGACUACACCUUCAAUCUUCCUCUUGGUGGGAAGGACUGGGGGCCACAAAUGACCAGGAUCUAUGAUGCGACAAGGCAGAAGGCAGCUCUGACCUUCCGAGACUUGAACGAGAUAGCGGUAUUGUCAGGAGUGCUUCAUGUCGACGAGGAGCAUGCACAUCUCUCCAAGGUUGAGAUUUUGCAAAUCCGUCGGGAUGUGCUCCAGACAUUUUAUACAAAUGCACAGCAGGAGGAGGACCUGAAGCGAGCACAAGCAGCACGAGACCACUGGGUAACCUGGUGUGAGUUAUGGUCUUCGACUGAGCUGUCUGCCAGCCUAGCUGCUGAUCAAGGAGCUGAAAGCACACUGGACACAACACCAGUCAUUGAUUCGAUUAUGGCGGCGUACGGGGAUUGUAAGGCCAAGAAUAUCCUCCCUGUCCUGUUCAUGGCUUUACAUGUCUUCAGGAAAUUCAAUACGUGGUCGAAAUUACGAAGUGAGGCAGAUUGUGCGAUGGCGAUGGUUGGCCCGAUUCUGGAGGAAGUUCUCCAGAUCCAGCACGAAGUCAAGUUCACAAGGUAA